UGUAUUUUUUGUACAGUAUUUUUCUGUCCGUAUUGUGUUUUGGUUGUGUUAUUUAUAUAAUUUGUGUUGUAAAUUAUUUUCGUGAACGCUGUGUUGUGUUAAUUUUCAAUGUUAUUUAAGUGCUAAGAACAUCCAUCAUGCCGGUGUUUCACACUAAGAUUAUCGAGAGCAUUUUAGAGCCAGUGGCUCAACAGGUGUCGCGUCUGGUGAUACUGCACGAGGAAGCUGAAGAUGGCAACGCGAUGCCCGACCUGGCGCGGCCGGUGCAGGCCGUGUCGCUCGCCGUCAACAACUUGGUCAAGGUUGGACAUGAAACCAUAGAAUCAUCAGACGAUGUAGUCCUCCGCACAGACAUGCCGGGUGCUCUGCGCAGGGUGGAGGGCGCAGCCACCUUGCUGCAGCAGGCCUCCGACAUGCUGAGGGCCGACCCGUACUCCGGCCCUGCCAGGAAAAAACUCAUUGAAGGCUCCCGUGGAAUCCUCCAAGGGACAUCAGCGUUGCUACUCUGUUUCGAUGAGUCGGAAGUGAGGAAAAUAGUCAAAGAAUGCAAGAAGGUUCUGGAUUACCUCGGAGUGGCCGAGGUCAUAGACACGAUGGAGGACUUGGUGCAGUUCCUGCGAGACAUUUCACCCGCGCUCUCCAAAGCCGCCAGGGAGGUGGCGGCGCGCGCGUCGGAGCUGACGCACCCGCCGCACGCGGAGACGCUGGCGCGCUGCCUGGAGAGCGUCAAGCGUCUGGCGCCCGUGCUCAUCUGCGCCAUGAAGAUAUACAUACACAUCCUCGCCGAGGCCAACGGAGGCAAAGGUAUUGAAGACGCUGCUGAGAACAGGAACUACUUGGCGCAGAGGAUGGCUGAUGAGAUACAUGAAAUUAUUCGAGUGCUGCAGCUGACGUCAUAUGUAGAAGAUGGCGGCGAGAAGGACAACGUGGCGGUGCUGAAGGCGCUGCAGAACAUGAUCCACAACAAGACCGGCGCCGCGCACGAGUUCCUCAACGAUCCUGAAGCACUCCGCAACAGCUACGGCGAGCGCGCGCUGCGCUCGGUGCUGACGUCGGGACAACGCGCCGCGGAGCACCUGGCGCCGGGGCAGGCUGACACCUUGAGGAGAACUGUGAGGUCCGGUGGGAUCAACGCCGAUUUGCUGUGCGAUGAGAGACAAUACGGACAAGGAAGGGAGCCAAAGGCACAGAACCUGGCGUCCGAGCUACGGGGUCAGAUCAACGAGGUGGACAGCGUGGUCAACGAAGGAGUGCGCGCCGCGGAGAAGCAGGGGGGGAAGACCAUCGCCGCCAGGUUGGAGACUGCUCACAAGUGGCUGCUGCACCCGGCGGCUGACCCGUCCACCAGGAUAGAAGGCCAGAAGGCUAUCAACAGUAUCGUCUCACAGGGACAAAGGAUAGCAGACAAUCUCCAAGGUCGGGAGAAGGCAGAGGUGAUGCAGUUGUGCUCGGAAGUGCAGCGCCUGGCCGACCAGUUGGCCGACCUCUGCAUGAGUGGCCAGGGAGACUCGGAGCAGGCCAGGGCCAUCACCAGAGAGCUGACAGACAAGCUGCACGAGCUCAAGCGCAGCAUGGAGCGCGCGGUGGUCAACCGCGUGGUGGAGGACUUCAUCGACGUCGCGGCGCCGCUGAGGCACUUCACCGACGCCGUCAACACCCCUGAAGGCACUCCGGGACGCGAGGCCAACUUCCAGGACAAGGCGGCUGCUCUGUCGGCCUUCAGUGCCAAGGCGGCCGCGGCGGCCGGCAUGGUGGCGGCCGGCGUGCGACACAACAAGCGUCUUGCUGACCAGCUCAUACACAACGCGCAAGAGGUGGAGAAACUUUCCCCGCAGCUGAUUUGCGCUGGUAAAAUUCGCCUGCAUUACCCCGACAGUAAAGUGGCAGAAGAGCAUUUCACCAACCUCAAGAACCAGUACUCGGACGCCGUGCUCCGCUGCCGGGACCUGUGUGACCAGGCCGUGGACCCGCUGGACUUCGUCAGGACUGCUGGUGAAUUAAUGCAGAAGCACACUUACCUCUGUGAAGACGCAAUCCGGAACAACGACUCGCAGAAAAUGGUCGACAACACGUCCGCCAUCGCCAGGCUAGCGAAUCGCGUGCUGCUGGUGGGAGGGCUGGAGAGGGAGAACACAGAGGACGGCGAGUUCGCGGCCGCCAUCGGCGCCGCCCAGCAGCGCCUGCAGGCCGCCAUCGCGCCCGCCGUGCGCGCCGCCAAGCGCGUGGCGCUCAACGACCGCGCCGCCGUGCCUGUCUGGCGCGCCGCCAACAACGAUAUAAUAAAAGCAGCGAGCGGUGUGGAGGAAGCCCUAUCCCGCCAGUACGCGCCGCCGCCGCCGCCGCCAGCGCUGCCCGAAGCCCUGACCGCGCUGCACAUCCAGCCGCAGAGCGCGCCGCCGCGCCCGCCGCCCCCCACCCUCUCCGCACCCCCGCGCCCCCCGCCGCCUGACACUGACGACGAGGGAGAGGACAUCUUCAGGAGACAGCCGCAUCCCAACCAGCCCAUCUUGGUGGCGGCGCACAACUUGCACAAGGCGGUGCGCGAGUGGUCGUCCAAAGACAACGAGAUCAUCGCCGCGGCCAAGCGCAUGGCCAUCCUCAUGGCCAGGCUCUCCGACCUUGUGCGAUCUGACUCUAAAGGCAGUAAACGCGAGUUGAUAGCAACCGCUAAAGCGAUCGCCGAAGCUUCCGAAGAAGUGACUCGUUUGGCCAAAAAGCUGGCCCUUGAGUGUACUGACAAGAGGAUAAGAACUAACCUGCUGCAAGUGUGCGAGAGGAUCCCAACCAUCGGCACUCAGCUCAAGAUCCUGUCAACCGUCAAAGCCACCAUGUUGGGUGCUCAAGGCAGCGAAGAGGACCAGGAGGCGACGGAAAUGCUGGUCGGCAAUGCUCAGAACUUGAUGCAGAGCGUGAAAGAAACCGUGAAGGCGGCUGAGGGAGCGUCCAUCAAGAUACGCUCCGAGCAAGGCGCCUACCGUCUGCGCUGGGUGCGUCGCUCGCCCUGGUACCAGAUCUAAGGUCUCAACUACGACUAAUAAUACUUUUUCAAAGUAAAACUACUAUACGCAAUUGACUUAAAGAAUACGCUGGUGAAUGCGUUACGAAAAUUGUAAUCGAGUGAUGCGUGCUGUCAUCUACCGAGAAACAUCGUUUGUUAUCAUGAAACUACCAGUAGAUGUCGUUUUUAGAGAACUUUGAAACAAUCCCUUUAUCGAACUAAAACUUCUUUACGCAAUGUUCUUUGGGAGUACGUUGGUGAAUGCGUUACGAAAAUUGUAAUCAAGUAAUGCGUGCUGCCAUCUACUGUGAAACGUUGUUUGUUAUAUUAAAACUACCAGUAGAUGGCGUUUUUAGAGAACUUCUAAACAAUCCCUUUUUUGAAGUAAAACUUCUUUAAGCAUGCUUGACUUGGGGAGUGCCACACGCUGCCAUCUACAGUGAAACAUUGUUUGUUAUAUUAAAACUAUCAGUAGAUGGCGUUUUAGAGAACUUUGAAACAAUCCCUUUUUGUACAAAAACCUUUUACGAUGCAGUUAUGCCUGAGGCUCACAGAUGGCGCUUUUUAUUUUUUAAAGAAGUUUUACUUUAAUUUUGUGGUUUACAGCACACUUUUUUAUUUUUAAAACGUCUUAAACGGCCUCUUAACCCACGUCAAGGAUCAAGUCCUUUAGAAGUUUUCUCUCUGCCAUACGACCCGGGAAAUUAUGAAAAAUUCGCCUUUGAUUACUUAAUACUAAAACAAUCCAUCAGAUAAAAUGUAAUUUUGUGUCCUGAUUUCGAACUUCUAAACUAGGCUUUUCGAGGUAUUGGGAUGAAAAAAGGAUUUAUUAUUUAUUAAAAUCGCUUAUAUUCAUUUUGUUAGAUCCGAAGUAAAGAAAUACUUCCUAAAUCUAAGUUUAUAUUCUAUACAUAUUUAUGAGACAGUUAUUUUACGUGUUACCGGUUUUUUACUAAGCAAUGUUACUUUAUUAUGGACGGUAGAGGCAAGAACUAGUUGGUUUGUAAGAUUUCUCUAAGAAAACAAAUAAAUUCUACGGCCUUUUUACAUAGUAAACUUAAAACAAAGUAUCCGGUUGCUCAGAGAUUGCGUUUCUGACAGGUCGUGAUCGAAUUGGCAAUUGCCUCGUUUUUUGUCUCAUCAGUACAAAGACAAACAGUUGGCAUAACCUUGAAGCAGUGCAGUGCAGUUCAACAACCUUGUACGCCAGUUCGGAGUUACAUCGCCCAUUCGAUUACCUGUCAGAAACGCAAUUUCUGAGCGUCCGGGUAUUAUAGGACCUUUCUUAAUGCAUAAAUGUCCAUACAGUCUAAUUUGAAAUUUCGCAUUUGCCCCCACAAAUUGAAAUGUGUGUGAUUAUAGAAAGAAAGUGCCAUUGGUUAGUGCUUUAUACAAUUACAAUUAGAUUAAUAUUUAAUAUGUAUAAUAUACAAAUUACAAUUAGAUUAAUAUGUAUAAUUAUUAAUUAUAUCUAACGUUAAACUUUAACUCAAAUAAUAAUCACAAAAACUUUAAAAUUUAAAUUAUAGUACGACAUAAAAGAGUAGAACUUAAUAAAAAUGGAACUUAUAAACUCGUUUGUGGCAACACCGCAUUAACUGUCAUCGCCUCAAAGAACUGUCAUUGUAGUGCAACCAAUUAUUAUUGAUAAUUUUAUCAAAUUAUUAAAAUUCGGAUAAUCAGCACAGGUAUUACAAUAAAUAACACAUAUUCAUAUGAGAUUUACUCUUUCUUAUAAAUUUAAUAAAUGUAUAUCAUGAAAUCAGCUAUCUUAGUAACCAUAAUGCUUACUUAAGGGCUAGAUAGUGAUUUAAGUAUUUUUCAAAUAUAUUCAUUAAUUUAUUUUAUAUAAGAUAGUAAUAUUAUGUUCAUCAGAUAAUCUUAUUUAAAACAAGUACAAUAUAUAAUAAAAUAUCAAUUUUUAUCAAGUAUCAUGUUACAGUUCCAAGUGGAUGAGAGAAUACAGGGUUACCAUAAGAACGACAAUAAGUGACUACAGCGCCCUCUUUUAUUUUCUACUAUUUUGUGUCAGACUAUAUAUAUUAAUUGAAUCAAGACCUAGUAUUAUCUAUACUUUUACUUCAUUUUAUUUCUUUUUAAUUUAAUAAUAUAUCUUCCUUUUAAUCGUUAAAUUAUAUACUUGUUGUAUACUAUAGAGCCAUUUCAAUGGGAGGCUUCGGCCGUGGCUAGUUACCAUACAUAUUGGAAAACUACUAGAACUCAAAACAAUUCAAUACUUCUUUAUGUCUACUAUUUUUUUUUAUUUUAUUUAUAAUUUUGUGUAUAUUAAGCUCUGUAACUGGUAGGUUAACUAAAUGAAGCAUAAAUAAAUAUAUUUUAUAUAUGAAUUAGUAAUAAUUAAUAUUAAAUAGUUAUAUAUUGUAAUCAUUUAUAUAUUAUAUAUAGAUACUAGUUAUAAUAAUGCUUUUAAUAUAUUCACAGUAGCCAAUGUGUUUCAUAGAAAAACCAAGUUUAAAUAUGAUGUUAUAUUUAUAUAUAUCUUUGGUCAUUUUGUGUUUAUAUGAAAGUUGAUUUUUUUUUAAUUGUUACUAAUAUAGUGGAUAUAGACUGACAAUAGUUUUGACCCCUUGAAAAAAUUAUACACUUAUAGUCCCUAAAAUAAUUAAAUAGUCCAGUCCACUGCAGACUGUAAUCCCGAUGGUUGUUAUUUCAAAUCUAAGUAUUAUAAUAAAGACUAACAAACCGAUUUAAGCAAAAAAAUCUGAUGUGGCCUUCCAUUUGAAUUCAUACAUACAAUUAUACAUUUGUAUGAAAAUCAUGAGAAUUUGCAAGAACUCAAAGAAAAAGUGAUAUAUAUUUUUGUAUGAAUGCAUGAUUCAAAAAAACUAUAACUAAUAUUAAGAAUUAUAUAAUAAGAAUAUGUAAUUUUUUAUGUUGUGACGUAAUAAUGUGAAAAUAUGGUAGCUUAAAUACAUUAAUUUAUAUUUUAGCUUUUUUCUAUAUUAAUAAUAUUUAAUUAACGUGAUUACAAUUUUAGUAUGCAAGUAUGUUUGUGUGAUUACGUAACAUUUUAUGGCAACGAUUUUAUUUUAUUUGUUUUGUUAAUAGAUCUUAGUUUUAUUUAUUUUUUAAUAAAGCUUUUUAUUUUA